UUUUGCAUUUUUUUCUAUAAUAAAAUUUAUGUAUUGUAGGUGGGCACAAAAUAUCGUACUGUUCAAAUGGCCCAAACGUUUUCAUCAGCUUUUCUUCAGCCACUUCUUCAGAUGUCCCUUGCACCUGAUCCAGCUGUACGUUUAGUUGUUCAGCAAAUACUUCAUACUUUACUCGAUCGUCAUGACAAUCUUCCAAAUCUCCUUGAACCAUGUGUUAUUGAGCCAUUUCCCCAGUUAAAUGUUGAAAAAUGUUCAAGACAAGAUUCAAUGUUUAUGAAGAAAGUUUGUCCAGAAAUUUUAUUACAUAUUUAUGAAAAUAUUCAGUUAGGAAAUAAUUCUAAAGAAAACUUUAGUGCACUAUACACUACCUUAGCUUUGUUAUGUAUUGAGCUUGGAAGCGAAGAAGCAUUAAUAGAAUUGCUUCGCAUUACAUUUGCAUUGCAGGAAUUGCCUUCUACAAACACUAGCAUGUCUUCUGCACAGCGAAUAGCUAUUCAUCAUAUUGUAGCUGGUUUCUUAUAUUUAAUUGGACAUCUUACAGCCAUUCCUGCUUUGUGUACACAUAUUGAUCAAGUAAGUAGUUGUUUUUCAUUCAUAGAGGUGAAUUCUUCAUAUUCAUGAAUGCUUUCUUCUCUG